CGACCACGGAUCAGUCCCUGGUAGCGACAUUACUGGUUAUUUGCUGUUCGUUGCCACUGUUUGCUGCAGAAGCGUCAUCGCGUCGACCUGUGAAACAACCAACACCUUGAAGAAAGAGCUGUGAUCAGAAACCAAGACAGGACAUAUUGUUGGGCUUAGGACAAUCACCAACCGGUCGUCGACUCGAGUUUAACGGUUCCAACACAUCAGUUCAUUCCCAUUACGACCUGCGAAGCGCAUAUUCAGGACAAAUUGCACCUAGAAUACUUCUUACGACAUAAUAAACAUGGCCGCCCCUGCAACGACGUCGCUGAAAUGCGUGGUGACUGGUGACGGUGCUGUCGGCAAGACAUGUCUCCUGAUCUCAUACACAACCAAUGCGUUUCCGGGCGAAUAUAUUCCCACGGUUUUCGAUAAUUACUCCGCCAGUGUCAUGGUUGACAACAAGCCGAUAAGUCUGGGUCUUUGGGAUACUGCUGGACAGGAAGACUACGAUCGACUUCGACCUCUCUCUUACCCACAGACCGAUGUCUUCCUGAUAUGCUUUUCCAUUGUCAGCCCUGCGUCAUUUGACAACGUCAAAGCGAAGUGGUACCCUGAAAUUGAGCAUCACGCACCCGGCGUUCCAAUCAUCCUUGUAGGCACCAAGCUCGAUCUGCGCGAUGACCCAGAGGUUCGCGAGCAGCUCCGACAACGCAAGAUGGCGCCAAUUCAGUACGAGCAAGCUGUGCAGGUUGCUAAGGACAUCAAGGCUGUCAAGUACCUGGAGUGCUCGGCCUUGACACAGCGAAAUCUGAAGAGUGUAUUCGAUGAAGCUAUCAAAGCCGUCAUCAGCCCCAGACCGGUGGCACGAACGAAGAAGUCCCGUUGCAGGAUCCUAUGAUUUUCUCUUCCUUCUCUUUUUCUUCUUUCGAGCAAUUUAUACUCCAUUCCGCUGCUAAUAAAUCUGUUCCCAUGUCUCUUUGAUCACCGCUUUGGUGAUGCUCUGGUCAAGUUCGUGUUCUUUCCAGCCUUGUAGUGCUUCAUAUCUGAACGUUACACACGGCGUUAUGGUUCUUGCUCGUGCAAAUGUUGAAGACCAAACGUCUCACGUUCGCUGCAUCGUUGAGACCAAAGUGCGUCGGCUCGCGGUAUACGGACUCUGCAUGAUUCAAAUUUAUCAACGUUACUCAGCGCUUCGGUAUUCAGGUGAUCCGUCAACAAGAAGCGCAUGUGAACCUAUCCAAUGGGCGUCCGAUCUUCUCGUCGUUGUCAAAAAAUAUCUCAUGACAUGCAUUGGCGCAGCAUCCAUGUAUUUUGA